GAAAUAUCACGCUACACAAAUUCUAUUAUUCCUAUGACCACUUUUAGCUUCAAACUAUUUUAGUGAUGACUUAAAAAUCUCAAUGGCUUAACGCGUUUCGCGCGUUGUUUUUCUCCACGUAGACAAUACAGGGGGCGAGUGCCGCAGGAAAACAGUGUUCCUAAGAUAAGAACAUACGCCGGCUUGCACUUAAUCAACUAUACGUCACUCUUACAUUUGCAUACACCAUGCCAGCAGAUAAGUCCACGGCGCCUCCUACCAGCCAGCCUUUGUCCACCCCCGCGUCAGCUCGAAUCUUGGAUGACGGGGAGAUGAUGGUUAUUGCUUCGACGCCUAUGAAGUCCCCGCACAACAAGGUGUUGCCCCCAUUGGAAGGAAAUUUGAGUAUUCCCAAGAAAAGAAGGGGCUUGGGUACCCCAGGGUCCAAAGGUAGCUACCUAAAUACGUCCCCGUUGUUGUCGCCGGAUACGUCAAGUGGCAAUGACCAAAACGUCACCCCGCGUGGCUCCACCCCGCUGAAGCAAAACCGGAGAUCUGUCUCCACUCCGAUUUUCAACCGCCCCUCUGCUGGGAAGCCCACCAGGGUAGUUUCUAUCCAUACUACCCCAAUUCCCGAGUUAACCCCUCCUGGGUCUAACUCUCUUCUACUCGAUACGGAUUUGCCCGACUCCCUCACGUCGUCUACUCCUUCCAGAUCCUUCUCAUCGCCACUACUCUAUAAGAAAAUCUUUACGUCCAAAGAUGGGCUAUCUCCUUCACCCUCCGCGACCCCACUACUUGGUUUUGAGGACCAGUCUCCGUCCAGAAGAGCGUUGAAGAGAAAAAACGUUAACGAUAUAGCGGAAGCAGACACCAGCGGAAAUAGCACUGGAAAUGACAGUUCGGUCCACGCCAAACUUGUCGCCAAGAAGGAGUUGAAAGACUUGCGGAGAUCUGAGGCUUUCCUAGAUGUAGAAAUCAAGAAAUAUGAGGACCAGAUCGGGCUUAUCACAAGGGCCAACAGGUACCUUGCUAGCCACAAGACGUCUGAGGAACCCUCUUCCCCCAUCAGGAGCGUGGACGCGCUGAUUGAAAAAUGGCGCAGUGUUGGCCAGCAGGCGGCGUCGUAUUUGUUGAACUCUGCCCUGGUGAAGGUGUCCAAUAUGGGUGGGUACCAAGAGUACCGCAAGCGCCAGGCUGACAGAACCACCCGCCAGCUUGUUUCCCAGUUUGAGGAUGAGAUGGCUGGCAAGUACGAGGGGUUUAUUGAGCUGGAGGAGUACAAGGAAAUGUCAGCGUUGGACAAGAAGGAGCUUGACGAGCGGUACAACGAAUACAAGCGGAAAUCCGAAGUCAAGACUGAAGGCCACGGAAAGAAGCAGAAGACGGAGGAGGAGGGCAAUGCCAUCACCAUGAAGCAACUCUUUAGAGAAUUGAACGUCGAGUAUGCGUUAUUCUUCGAUGAUUAGGGAAAGCUUGAAAAAUCUCUCAUGGAGAGUAUUAAUACCAUUUUUAUUCUUCCCAGAAGCUCUAAUUACAUUAUUAUACAAU